UAAUCCUUUUUGUUCCAUGAAUGUGUCGGUGACAGAUCUAUCAUGUCAAAUCUGAAAUGGACGCUCUUUUGGAUGUGUUACGUGUGGAUAUUCCAAGCGAUGACAGAAGCGAACAGGAAUGGGACUGUCGUAUAUAAGAAGGGUCGUCCGCGUCUUCUGAAUCCCUAUGUAAAAGUCUGUUAUGGCAAGCUGGGCUGUUUUUGGAACGGGCCUCCCUUUCAGCAUCCCUUUUGGAGACCGAUCAGUGUGCCGCCCCUGCCGCCGGAGCUGCAGAAGACCCUCUUCUUCCUUUACACCCGCAGCAAUGUGGUGAGGCCCUUUCUCGUCUCUCCCUUGCAUCUGGACGCUGCCCUGACAUCGCACUUGAGGCCCCGCACCCCGACUAGGAUCAUUAUUCCGGAGGCCGUGGAUGGUGUCCUCAUCUCCAAUUGGAUGAAAGAUUUAAAGAAUCAAUAUCUUACUCUGGCUGACGAAAACGUGAUUCUUGUCGAUUACGGAACGAGGACUCCCCUAACAUUCUGGAAUGCAGCUAACGCUCGCGUUGUCGGAGCUCAAAUUGGAGAACUCAUACAUUUUUUGCAUGAAAGGUGCGGAAUUCCAGGGGCGAUCGUCCACCUCAUCGGACACGGUUUGGGAGCUCACAUCGCGGGUUAUGCCGGAGAGCGACAGCACGGACUGGGACGCAUCACAGGUUUAGAUCCCAGAGGUGAUUACUUCAGAAACACUCCCGAUGUUGUGAAGCUGGACCAGACGGACGCUUUACUCGUGGAUAUCAUACACUCCAACCCGUCUAGAAAUUUCUUUGAAGGUUUCGGAACUCCAGAAGAUCUUGGGCAUGUGAAUUUUUUCGCCGCAGGUGGCAAAAGAGCAAAAUGCAUCCCACAGAGGACAUUGGCCACGGGAGCAACUCCCUUAGAAUUUUUGCAGAACGCCUUGUUUUGCAGUCACUUCAGGUCCAUCGACUUCUUCCUUUCUUCUUUCGAUCAGAAAGGCUGCCUCUUCGUAGGAGUGGAGUGUUCGAGCUACGAAGAUUUCUACGUAGGGCGCUGCAACUGCGGUAGCAAGGGGCAAAAGUGUCGUUUCAUGGGACAUUUUGCCACAGGUGCACCCUACGAGACUCGUUACUACCUCAUGUUCGACAACAAAAAACCUUACUGCGUGCAUCAGUAUCAAGUGAUUGUAUACAUAGAGCUGCCAUAUCUACACAAAACGUACGGCUCUCUUCCGGUUUCAGCAGAUUUAGUAGUAGCUGGAGGAAGAAAUUUUCGACAAACUUUUCACUUUAGGGUGAACUUACGAGAACAGCGCCAAUUCAGAACUUUUCUGCUGACUCUUAAGCAACCCGUUGGCCAGAUCGAUUCUGCGGUUGCAGUGGUGCAAUUACCGGAACAACGGUAUAACAUAAGCGUCAGUUUAGCAGCCGUAGAAAUAAACUAUUUAUUUCCUGUACCGAAGCGGGAGAUAUCAAAUGUCUUGUGCAAAGAAACAGAAACAUUAAGUAGUCAAGGUCAACAAGUCCUGCUCACAUCUUCUGCUUGCCAUACUUUGAUUGAAACAGCAGAUCGAUCCAAUGAAGUGCAACUCAGCUGAGAAGCCACUUCUUAGAUUAUGAAGCCCAGCACAAGAGCAACAAAUGCUCAAAUAUUUCUAGUGGAUUGCAAAACUGUUGUGAAUUUAAAAAUCAGUGAAUAAUUUAUACUUUUUAGCCUUCUUUAGAGCAUAACCUAAACACAUUUUCCAAACAUCAUUUUUAUGAUUGCAAAUAUUGUCAUUUCUUGCCACAGGUUGUAUAGUUGGUAUAUACACUGUUUGUCUGCAUAAAAAAAUGUGACCAACUGUUACAACUAUAUGACUCAUCUAUUGUAAA